ACUCGCUACGAGCAGGUACAGCAUCUCUGCAGUCCACCGCUCAGCUGUCACGCUCAGCUGUCCAGCGCUUCCAGUUUGCAUGAAACUUUGAAGCCUCGCAAUCGAGUAUACGCCACAUCCUUGUACACAUAAAGUUUAAACAACGUGUGAUAGAUAGGUCUUUCCACCCAUCUUUGGCCGUUUGCGUGUUGAUCCCUUCAGCAGGCCCUGCUUCUCCUGUCCUCAGCGUCCAUGAUGAGUUACUACAUGGAUCCAGUUUCUUCCUACCCAGCCCUUCACCCCUGUGACCGUCUGGGCGCAACGAGACAGAGUGGAGGAGUGGCAGUGGGCCCUCAAACCCAACUCCCAGGUGUGGUUCACCCCCAGCAGCAGUUUUACCCAUCACAGCCCCUUCACCCUCAUGACAUACCCCUGCAGGAAGUACCUGAUGGACAUGACGUGUGUCCUACAGGGCUCAGAUUACAGGCUGGUGACUCACCACCCCUCACCCACCCAAGAUGCUCCCUUGCUAUCUUCCUCAGCCCUACCGUGGCCUGCUACAGCCCAGUGGACUUUGGCCCCAGCCACAAGAAUCCCAAUUUCACGCCCACGCUCUGUCGUGCAGGCAAAGAUCCGGAGUGCGGAGAUGUCCCCCUGCUGACUCCGGGGAGUAAAGAGAUGAUGUCCCAGGCUCUGAAGGCCACUUUCAGUGGCUUCACAAAGGAACAGCAGCGGCUGGGUAUUCCCAAAGAUCCCAGACAGUGGACAGAAAACCAUGUGGCUGAGUGGCUAACAUGGACAGUGAACGAGUUCAGUCUGAAGAAUGUUGACUUUGACAAAUUCGGCAUGAAUGGAGCCAGCCUGUGUGCGAUGGGGAAAGAGCGCUUCCUGGACUUGGCACCUGACUUUGUGGGUGACAUCCUUUGGGAGCAUUUAGAAAUGCUACAGAAAGAGGAUACAAAGCAUUACCCCAUCAAUGGACUGACCUCCAAUUUCCAGGAAUCCCGCUAUACCUCAGACUAUUUUGUCAGCUAUGAACAUGCUCAGUGUGUCCCUCCUUCCGAGUACUCGGAGCCCGGUUUCAUCACGGAGUCCUACCAGACUCUCCAUCCUAUCAGCUCGGAGGAGCUGCUCACGCUCAAGUACGAGAGCGAGUAUCCCGCCGUCAUCCUACGAGACACGGCCCUGAAUGCCAUGCAGGGCGACUACUUCUCCGUGAAGCAGGAGGUGGUCUCCCCUGACAACAUGUGUGUGGGACGCCUCAGCAGAGGUAAGCUUGGUGGGCAGGACUCCUUUGAAAGCAUUGAUAGCUUUGAGAGCUGUGACCGAUUGACCCAAUCAUGGAGCAGUCAGUCCUCAUUCAGCAGCCUGCAGCGGGUACCUUCAUAUGACAGCUUUGACUCAGAAGACUACCCCACUGCCUUGCAUGGCCACAAACCCAAAGGCACCUUCAAAGACUAUGUGAGGGAGCGCUCAGACCUCAGCAAAGAUAAACCCGUCAUCCCAGCGGCAGCAUUGGCAGGAUACACAGGCAGUGGUCCCAUCCAGCUGUGGCAGUUUCUUUUGGAGUUGCUGACCGACAAGUCUUGCCAGUCCUUCAUCAGCUGGACAGGGGAUGGCUGGGAGUUCAAGCUUUCUGACCCAGAUGAGGUUGCUCGGAGGUGGGGCAAAAGAAAAAACAAGCCCAAGAUGAAUUAUGAGAAACUGAGCCGUGGCCUUCGUUACUACUAUGACAAGAAUAUCAUCCACAAGACGUCUGGGAAACGCUACGUCUACCGCUUUGUCUGUGACUUGAAAAGCCUGCUGGGCUACACACCCGAGGAGCUGCAUGCGAUGUUGGAUGUAAAGCCUGACACGGAUGAGUGAACUCACAGAUGGCAAGAAGAAAUGAGGACAAAAGUUAAGGAGCCACACGGACUGAGGCUCAUAAAGUGGUCUUAACUGUUUGAUAGAGUUGGUAAACUGUCUUUUUUUGGGGGGGACCAAAAUGUUUCUAAUGACUGACUAUGGUCUAUGUCAAUUUGAGCUCCUGUCUCUCAGACCAUAUUUUAAGAGGAGGGCAGAAGUCAAAAACCUGUAGUCAUACCCCAUUGCAUUUGAGAUGUGUGUGUGUGUGAGAGAGAGAGAGAAUGCAUGUGUGCGUGUGUGUGUGUGAUGUAUACUGGUGGUUUUAAGCAGCUCGAGGCAGGUGAGGCGUUAUCGGGUAGAGUUCAGGUUCUGUUCUACGUAGCAAAGUCAGAUGAGAAAAAAGCACCGAGACACACAAGUGUUAGAGAACCGAGAAAGAGAUAAUAAAAUGAUUCUGCUGAGAAAAACAGUUGCUAAACUGUAAAAAAAUUGAACUGAGGAAGGCUAUUAUAUCAUAUUUACACACAUGCUUACUGUUUUUCUCAGGCAAAAAGAGUGUUUUAGCUAGGACCCCAAAAAAGGUGUAAUUAAGAAUUUAUUUAAGGACCAUAUGCUUGUGCCAGUAUUAUAUUGAUUGUAAGGACCCAGUGUAAGCCUGCCAGGCCGAUAAUUGAAGAGUUUUUUUUUGUUUGUUUGUUUUUUUUUGUUUUUUUCUUUUUUUUUUUUUUGUCUAUGAGGGUUUGAAAAAAGAAUCAAACAUUAAAUGCCAAGUAAGACCUUUCUGAUCUCAAGGAGCCUUUAACUGAAUUGUGCUGAUUUGUUAUCAGACAACACUAUAGACACUGGCCCUGUGCUUUGCAGGGUGCAAGGACCUGUUGGAGAUUACUCAUACCCAGAGUGUCUGCAAGACAAUUGAAAGUAGCCGUUGCUUUUGAAACUGACGCUUUCUCCUUUAUGUAUAUGUUUGCCACCUUGUCAGAGACGCAUAUUGUGACUGAAACUAAUGCAUUUUUGCAUAUACCACCAGUAUUAGCUAACUGUAGACAAUCUAUGUGGGGAAUUUCAGGAGUCUUUGGUAAGAAAAGUUGUUUAAAUGUGCUAAUUAGGUGAAUAAAUUGUCAGGUCACUGUCCAUGUUAGCGUUGCAUUAGAUGUGUUUAAAUAGAUCCGUUUGUUUGUCCUGUAAAAUUCCAAGUUAUUUAGCAGAGGGAGGGAUUUUUACAAAAUCCAAAUAAUGUCAAAUGUCAGUUUAAUUUUUGUCUGUUAGGCAGUGCAUUUUGGCCAGAAGGAAGCAGCUGCAGUGUAGCGUGAUGGUGUGAUGUAAGAAAAAGGGAUAGGCAGUAGGAAAAUGUUGAUCGGGGAGAUGAAUGGAAGCUGGUUGGUAUCGAUGAAUGUGACAGAAAGGAAAAUUGUGAUGGAAAGUGGAUAGCAGUGGACAGAGAGGAUGCAAGUCGGCUAGCUUAAAAUGGUAGGACUGUUGUUAGAUGAUUCAGUUUUAAGUUUGUGUGUCCGAGUCAGUGUGAUGCCACCGUUAUUCAUGCUGUCUGCUCAGAGCACAUGCAUAACAAUUCACUGGUUACGUUUAAGCAAAUUGGCAGCAGUUUCCUCCCAGCAGUGGGAACAGUCGCUGUUACACUGGGAAAUGCCAAAGUUGAAUAUUAUCUUAGAAUACAAUGUUAUUGUUUACAGUGGCUGAAUGUUACCCAUAUGGAUGAAAAUAGCUUUUGCAGAUGUCUAUUUGUACAGAUUGUAUUUCAUAAUGCUUUAUUGAGACCCAGAUUCCACAAAUAAGCAAGAGACAAAGCAGGAAUAAUAACCAAAGCCCAUGUGAGGUCUUUGGCCACGGUGUUUCGGGUAUCCACAGUGUUAGAAGACAGGGACCAGAAAUCUCUCACGUAUUUGGAAAAUGUUAUCGUCUAUCUUUUUUUUUUUUUCUUAAUAUAUUGGAAAGCACACAGCUUCAGGACAGAGUCUUUGCUGAUUUGAGUUUCCCACUGAGUGCAGAAAACAGAUGCUGUAUGUUCACAAUGUUUUACUGGUAAAAAGCAUCAAUAUUAUGUUUAUCCAAGGGAGAGAAUUGGACCUUAAAGAAGUGAACUGGUGAUAAGCUGCACUGUAUGUUCAUUAGUUUCUGUGUUGUUCAACACUUUUCUUUUUUUUUAAAAUACUUUAGUUGACAUCAGUGUUUUUAGCUUUACCCAUUCUCAGUAAUGACAGUUUUUUUUUUUUUUUUUCCUCCAAACAAAAAGUCAAUAUGUUACUGUGGCUUCUGAAGAAAAGAAAACAUUGUAUUUCUAAAAUAAUUCACAUUUCCAACAUUGUUGUCAGGAAAAUUUACUGUUAAAUGUGGGAAACCACAGUCUACUGCAGGACUUGUGUAUAAAUGUCAGACCAAUAUUUUGUGGCAUACGUAUAUCUCAGAAUGGAUUCAGAAGGAAAGCCUUAUUGUUUUUGGAUGUUCUUUUUGUGUAUAUUUUAUAAUGUCUCUGUAUUUUUUUUCAUGAGAUUCAUUUUUAUUGUAUUUAGUUCACAAUAUUUGAAUAUUUUUCAAUAAUUUAUAUUUUAUAAAAGACAAGAGACGCAGACAGCUGGUGCUUUCAUGGGAAUUUAAGGUAGCGCAGGACAAAAUAAUGUAGCGAUAUAGUUUCUCUUUUGUUUUAUUUUUGUUUUAUUUUUAUAUUUUUUCUUUUUUUUUCAUAUAGAAAAUAGACCUGUCUGCUAGAGAAAUAAAGGCUGAUGCUGGCCCAUCAAUGAUUUCUGCUGGAAAGGUUUUAUAAACUGUAGCUUCUAUUUCUAAAAUGUACUUCAAAAUGUUAUAAAAUAUAUGUGAAGAAA